AUGGCGACGGAGUUCGAUUCCGGUGGCGGAUCGAAGGAGCGGCGGACGGACGAGGAAGGGGAGCUAGCAGCGGAGGAGGACCGCAUCACGGCUCUGCCGGAGGCGCUGCAGCUGCACAUCCUCGGCCUCCUCCCGUUCAAAUCCGCCGUCCGCACGGGCGCGCUCUCCACCCAGUGGCGCGCGCUCUGGACGCGCCGCUGGCCGGCGCCCUCCUCGCUAGACCUCCGCCUCGCCCCGCACGAUUCGCCGCAGCCGCUCCUGGACUCCCUGGAGCGGCGCGGGCGGCGGCGCCUGGACCGGUUCUCCAUCUCGUUCCACACCGGCCAGCUCAACGACGAGGAUUUCGGCCGCUGCCUGGACUACGCCGCCGCCUGCGCCGUCGCGGACCUCGACGUCGUCCACCUCUCCAACUCCAGGUCUCCAACCUCUCCCACUCCAACUCCCCAACUCCAGGUCUCCAGCCCCUUCCGCCUGCCGCCGGGCGGCAACCCACACCUCGCGCGCCUCUCCGUCACCGGCACCUGCGUCGACUACUUCCGGCACCAGGAGCACCCCUACCCUUUCCUCAAGGCCAUCCACCUCCACCGCGCCACCGUCUCUGACGCCACCCUCCUCAACCUGCUCGCCGCAGCCCGCCCCCUGCUCCGCACACUUGACAUACGCUACUGCAAAGACCUGACCUGGGUCAACCUCGCCAUAGCCGGGCCUAACCUGAAGAACGUCGCCGUCGUGGAGUGCGAAUCCCUCACCGACUUUCUCAUAACCAACCCGUCCAGCCUCCGCUCCUUCCGCUACAGUGGCGCCUAUCUGGCCGCAAACCUAAUCCCGGCCAGCUCUGCCAUCGACGACCUCUACAUCUGCUUCGGGGGACCUGCCUGCCGCCCGCUGAGACAUCGGUGGGUAGUAUACAACAAACACAAUAGACCAGCAGUGCGCGGAUAUUGGCUUCAUAAACUUGUCAACCUCUCUAAUCUCACCGUGCUUACCCUCUGCAGCAGCGCCUUGCGGAGAGUUUCUGCCAAGGCUCGUGCCAGGUCAACAGCCGGAAAUGCGGCCUCGUGCAAAUUACAGAAUUUGAAGGAGGUGCAGCUGCUCAUGUUCGCAAUGUACAACGAAAACCUGGAUGACAUUAUGGCUUUCCUCAUGACCUGCUGCACCCCUCGGCUGGAGAGACUGUUUGUGCAGCUUCCAACAAGGAGAGAUCAAUAUAAGCCAGAGGAAGAACCAUCGGAAUCAGAGGUAGAAGCAUCAGAAGAUCUGUCCAACGGAGAAGAGUCUGAGGAAGAUCAAUCAGAGCAAGAUGAAUCAGAGGAGGGGUCAGAGGAAUAUCACGCAAACGAAGACGAAUCAGAUGAAGAUGGUUCAGAGGAAGAUCACUCACAAGAAGACGACUCGGAUGAAUAUCACUCACAAGGCGACUCAGAGGAAAAUCACUCGGUAGAAGAUCACUCGGAGGAAGAUCACUCACAAGAAGGCGACUUAGAGGAAAAUCACUCACAGGAAGACGAAUCAGAGGAAGAGGGGUCAGAGGAAGAUCACUCGCAAGAAGAUGAACCAGAGGAAGAUCACUCACAAGAAGACCACUCAGAGGAAUAUCACUCCCUUAGCGACUCAGAGGAAUAUCACUCAGAAGAAGAUGACUCGGAGGAAUAUCACUCACAAGAAGGCGGCUCAGAGGAAAAUCACUCACAAGAAGAUGAAUCAGAGAAAGAUCGCCCAAAGGAAAAUGGGUCAGAGGAACAAGGGUUUGCGGAAGGUCAAUCAAAGGAAGAUGGGUCAAAGAGACAUCUCUCUAAUGAAGGAGAACUAGUGGAUGAGACACAUAAUGGCUGUGAAAACCUUAUGUUGCUAAAGAUGACGAAUUUCAUGGGCCAUCACAAUGAAAUGCAGCUAGUAAGCUUUGUGUUGAAGAAGUCUGCUUGUCUCAACCAAUUGAUGUUGUUUACUCCUGAAAGUGAUCACCAAGGAAGGCCCCAACAGGAUCAUCUGAAUACAUCCGAUUUUCUUCAAACACAACUACUGGCCCUCGAGAAGGCCUCUCUAAAUGCCCAGAUAAUCCUGAGCGAACCUGAUGUUGAUGCUAUCAAGCCGUUGCAUUCGGAGACAUUUGUCAAGGUUUAGUUAUUUGUCAAUGGUGAACUUUUGAUCAGAUAAUGUUAGAUAAAAAAGGCUAGUAACUUUGAGGUAAUAUGAUGUGCCAGCUAAUUGGCAAGAGUCGCAGGAUUAUCUCAUUUGGUAGUCCAUGAAUGAUGAAGGGUGAUAGAGUAUUUUGUUCAAGGAUCACCGCCUUAUGCUGUGUUACUUAAUUAAACUAUUUCAAGUAUCUUGUUUACUGUCCAGUCUAAGC